AUGCCAGGUAAACAAUUCAAGAUCCUCAACAACAAACUCAAUUCUCUUUUACAGAUCCAAGCAGAUAAUAGGGGUCGAAAUUUCGUUUUUGGGUUUGAAAUGGAGUACAUGUUAAAGUCUCGAGAUAAUCGUCUUAGAAUUUUGCUAGAAAAUAUUGAGAAGCAACAAGUUGAAAGGCCGGAAGUUCAUGCCAAUCGUUUUGAUUACGAGAUUCAAAAGCUUAGUGAUGUUGCUAAGGAGUAUCAUGAACUUUUUUUUGAGAAAGUGAAUACUACGAAAGAUUCUAUUGAUCUCAAGAUGGCUGAACUUAAAUCAGAGAUGGCCAAAGAGAUUAAGAAGAUAGAGAAAAGUUGUUUUGUUCUUCAUAGAAAAGUUGAUGUUGUUGCUGAUGCUAUUGCAAAGCUUGUUUAA